AAAAAUCAAAACAACCGCCAAAAUUUCACAUCGCGCCUCCAAAAUUUUCAAAAUUUCCCAUUUUCAUAAAGAACCAAACCUCAAAUUCAAAUUUCCCAAACUCUGCAACAAAAACCUCGCCUUUUCCCCCAAAUCUCUUAACCUAAUUACCCUUUUAUCGCCAUAGCCACUUUCUCUCACAGUUUCUCACACUCUCAAUUCUCAUUAUUAUGGUGAGAGAACACCGAGUCGACUCGUUCUACGCCAAACUCCGCCAAUCGGCACACUCCUCAUCCUCCUCCUCCUCCCCCGUUCUCAUCUUCCCUUCAACCUCCGAUGUCGAUUCUCUCUGCGCACUCAAAAUCAUUUUCCGAAUCCUCGAAUCUGAUUCCAUUCAAUACGCCUGUUAUCCAGUUUCUUCCUUCCGCGAGAUUCACAGUUACGCAACUUCAACCCAAAACGACGGCCCCAUAUCCGUCGUUUUAAUCAACUGGGGCUGUCACAAGGAUCUUCGGAAAAUCUUAAAGCUAGGUCCAAACGCUCGUAUCUUUGUAAUUGAUAGUCACCGUCCGAUUCAUCUUCAUAAUCUCAGUGACCAAAACGACGCUGUCGUUGUUCUCUUUACUCAAGAGGAUGAGAAACAAGCAGAUCUGGCUUAUGAUUUUGAGUUUCCUCUCACUGCUUUAGCUAAUGCUUCGACAACGAUUGAUUCUGAUUCGGAGUCUGAUUCCGAGUCCGACUCUGAUUCAGAUUCAGAUUCCGAGUCUGAUUCCGAUGGGACGAGAAAUAAAAGAAAAAGAAAGAGGGAUUCGGAAGACGGAGAAAACGAACAAGUGGAAAAAGAUGAAGAAGAAAAUCAAGAUGCGGUUAGGCUGUAUAGAAAGAGGAAGAAAGAGUAUUAUGGAUUGGGGACAUUUCAUGGGAAGCCUUCUGGUUGUUUGAUGUAUGAGCUUGCUCAUUUUCUGAGGAAGAAUACGGAUGAGUUGCUUUGGUUAGCUUGUGUUGCGUUAACGGAUCAAUUCGUUCAUGAGAGGCUGAGUGAUGAGAGGUAUAGUGAUGGUGUUAUGGAGUUGGAGCAGUAUAUAAACAGUUCUGGUAAUUUGGAUGCUGUUAAUUCUGUUACGCUUAAGGAUGGGACGAAAAUUAGGGCGCCGAAUUCGUCGCGAAUUGCUUAUGAGGAUGAACCAAAGCUUAUGCUGUUGCAGGAGUGGAAUUUGUUUGAUUCGAUGCUUUGUAGUUCGUAUAUUGCUACGAAGUUGAAGACUUGGAGUGAUAAUGGGAUGAAAAAGUUGAAGCUUUUGUUGGCGAGGAUGGGAUUUGCGCUUACUGAUUGUCAGCAGAAGUUUCAGUAUAUGAAUGUUGAGGUGAAGAGAAAGAUGAAACGUGAGUUUGAGAAAUUUUUACCUGAGUAUGGACUUACUGAUUUUUAUUACCGGGGAUUUUUGCGGAUCCAUGGUUAUAGUUCAAGAGUUUCUGCUGCUGAUGUUGUUUAUGGUGUUACUGCGCUGUUGGAAUCGUUUGUGAAUUCAGAUGGAUCUUGUGCUUCCAUGCAAUUUAAUGUGGCGUUUGAUGCUCUUUCUAUGAACAACGUUGAUAAACUCAAAGCUGGGAUGCAACAAGCUAUUAAGGUUCAGAGAUCGAUUUUGAGGCAGGGAAGUCUUGCGAUUAUGAAAAGCGGUUGCAUUAGAAGUGGAAGGAAGUUUCGAUGGGUGAAGCUUGAGGAUUCAACUGAUUCUAAAUUGUUGGGGUACCCUCAAGCUUUGACAAAGUUUUGUUAUUUUCUAAUGGAUGCUUUGAGAGAAAAGGGUGCAAGGAUGAAGCCUUUGAUUUGUGCUUGUGUGUCUCAGGAUCCAAAUAAAGUUCUUAUUGUUGGGGUUUGUGGGAGGCCUCGUUUGGCUGCUGCUCAAGGGAAUGCAUUUGGGGUUGCGUUUAGAAGUGCGGCCGAGGACGUUCAAAGUGAGUUUUUCCACGAGUUGUUUGAGUCAUCUUGGAUUGUGUUAGAAUCUAAAUUUCUUAAUUCUUUCAUGGUUAAGUUAACUGAGAAACUUUGAUGCUGUGUUGAGCCUGAUAACUCAUUUAUCUUAGUUUGUUGUAUUAUGAUUUAUUGUAUCCUUGUUUUAAACUCUACUUUUUACAACAUUUUACCCCUUUCACUUUCUGAUUUGUUGACUUGUUACUUUCAUGUAAACAUAUUAACAUUACAAUUUCAAAUUGAUGUUGUAAUUGUGAAUUCUUCUCGGAUGAGGUUCAGUUCAGUACACAAAUCAAAUUAACAGUGCUAGAAUGUGAUGUUGAAGAUGAACUAUUGUUGUGGAGUUUGUUUUUACUUUUCAAGUAUUGCAUGAUGACCUGGAGGUUCAGGUAUUGUCUGAAGUUCAAUCAUGUGAAAAUUGUUUCUGGGUGUUUCUCUUUCUACAAGAAUACUCAGGGUGAGAUUGAGAGCAAUAUGUUUCAGGUCUUGUGCUUACUUACCAGUGUUCUCUCUGUCUUUGUUGGCAGUUUCAAUAACAGUGUUUACUUACUUUUA